AUGGAGAGAGUGGAAGGGAGAUUAAACCCUAAAGUUCGGAUCUUAUGGAAUGUAAUUUGCCCUUUUUAUAAUUUAUUAAAUUACACCAAGGACAUGAGUUCCAAAUCUUCCAUUUCCGAGUCGCAUAAUGACGUUGACGGUGUGAUGGCCUCUCUUCUUGGCUCUCUGGUUUUGUUUCCAUUUUCUAACACCGUGAAAAACAGACAACGUUUAUUGCUUUCCAUUGUCUGGUUUUCUCUCAGUUUCAAUGUCUUUGUUCUUGUUUCGAGCAAGCCUUUGGCCGUGGCCUGUGGUUCCAAUGGUGGUAAAGAUGACGAUGGAAGGAACUGGGAACCAGACGAGAAGUUCCUUAAAACAUCCGGUAGUUCAACUCAACUUCAAGCUGAGUAUCAAGACCCUUCACUUCUUACGAUAAUCCCAUACAUGAAUGCUCGGAUCUUUACGUCGCCGGCGAUGUAUCGGUUCCCGAUAAGAUCGAAGGAACGAUACCUGGUCAGGUUUCAUUUUUAUCCUUCAGCUUACCCCAAAUUCAACAUCAGCAAUUCAUUUUUCUCGGUGACUGCUGGGGGAGUCACCCUGAUGACCAAUUUCAGUGCUGAAAUCACAUGUAAAGCCCUCACGCAGGCUUAUCUCGUACGAGAGUAUUCGUUGGCACCUUCGGGUUCCGAGUUUCUAAACAUCACCUUUACACCUAGUACAAAGUACACCGACUCUUUCGCGUUUGUAAACGGGAUCGAAUUGAUCGCCAUGCCGAAUCUAUUCGGCGAGACAACUGUGGUGGGAUAUGAUUCAUCCGACCUCGAUGUUUCGUCCGAGAAUUUUCAAAUGAUGUUUCGGUUGAAUGUUGGUGGACAGUUUAUUCCUCCUAGCAAGGAUUCCGGAGGCCUUUUGAGGAGUUGGUAUAAUGAUGAUCCUUACAUUUUCGGUUCUGCAAAUGGCAUCCAUACUGAGGCGAACAAACAUGUUCAGAUCAAUUACGAGCAGUUGUCUCGUUCUUUGGCUCCCGAAGAUGUUUAUAGGACAGCUAGAGAAAUGGGACUGGAUUGUGAUUUGAACUUGAAGUUCAACCUGACAUGGUUGUUUCAGGUUGAUGCCAAUUUCACAUACAUUGUGAGAUUACAUUUUUGUGAAUUCAAAUAUGACAUGGCGAACCAGAGAGUUUUCAAUAUUUACAUCAACAAUCAAUCUGCGCAAGCUGAUCGGACUCCGGCCGAUAUAUACGCAUGGACAGGAGGAAUGGGUAUUCCAACUUACAGAGAUUAUGCAAUAUCUGUUAAUGAUGGCACAGGUGAUGAAAUGAUUCGGAUACAAAUGAGUCCGUCCACCGAAUCGAAACCGCAGUACUACGAUUCUCUGCUCAACGGAGUUGAAAUAUUCAAGUUGAAUGAUGAGAACAAGAAUUUGGCUGGAAGCAAUCCGCAACCAUCGUCCAUGCUUCUCAAAGCAGGGAAUGAGCCCAUGAAAUCUUUCGUGUCCAAGUCCAACCAUAGCUUUGUGAUUGCAGGGGCUGCAGGAGGAGCUGCAGCAGCUUUUGUGGUGGUUGCACUGGCGUUUCUCGCCUACAGAAAGAGGAAACGAGGCGGGUUCGACUCGCAUACGUCGAGCUGGCUUCCGCUCGGAACCUCCCAGACAACCAAGAGCAAUAGUAGCCAUGCUUCGGCAUUGGCUCAAGGCCUUUCUCGCCGUUUCUCCAUAUCAGAAAUCAGACAAGCCACGAAGAAUUUCGACGACUCUCAUGUUAUUGGAGUCGGAGGCUUUGGUAAGGUGUACAAAGGAGUUAUCGAAGGAGGCACCAAAGUGGCUGUCAAACGAUCCAAUCCGUCAUCCGAACAAGGAAUUAACGAGUUCGAAACCGAAGUCGAGAUGCUCUCGAAGCUGAGACACAAGCAUUUGGUCUCACUGAUUGGUUUCUGUGAGGAUGGUGGUGAAAUGUGCUUGGUUUAUGACUACAUGGCUCUUGGGACAUUUAGGGAACACCUUUACAACAACAAGAAACCUCAUCUUUCUUGGAAACAAAGAUUGGAAAUCUGCAUUGGAGCAGCCAGGGGACUUCACUACCUUCACACAGGAGCAAAAUACACCAUCAUUCACAGAGAUGUAAAAACAACAAACAUUCUCUUGGAUGAAAAAUGGGUUGCUAAAGUUUCGGAUUUCGGGCUGUCGAAAACCGGUCCUGAAAUGAGUCAAGGCCAUGUAAGUACGGUGGUAAAAGGCAGCUUCGGUUACCUAGACCCCGAAUAUUUCCGAAGACAGCAACUCACCGAAAAAUCCGAUGUUUACUCCUUCGGUGUCGUCCUAUUCGAGGCCUUAUGCGCUCGACCAGUCCUGAAUCCCAGCCUUCCAAAGGAACAAGUUAGUCUUGCAGAUUGGGCACUCCUUUGUCACAAGAACAGAACACUAGAAGAGAUCAUUGAUCCUCAUUUGAAAGGGAAAAUAGACCAAGAAUGUCUACAGAAGUUCACAGACACAGCAGUGAAAUGCUUAUCGGAUCAAGGAAUAGAGCGGCCUAACAUGGGAGAUGUCCUGUGGAACCUCGAGUUUGCUCUUCAGCUGCAAGAAAGCUCGGAUACAUCCGGCAGUUUGAUCGACCGAGACAUUCCCGCAUCAGGAGAUUCCGACGUAAGAAGCCAAAGACAAGGAAACAGCAGCCAAGGCAGUGACAUUGAAUUGAAUGAAGAGCUUAACAAUCAGGAUGACAUCUUCUCUCAACUUGUCCAUCCACAAGGAAGAUAA